AUGGCAAGAAGAUAUGAUAGCAGAACAACUACAUUUUCACCUGAAGGAAGAUUAUAUCAAGUGGAAUACGCCUUAGAGGCAAUAAAUAAUGCAAGUAUAACCAUAGGAAUAAUUACAGAUGAAGGAGUAAUAUUAGGAGCAGAUAAAGUUUUUAUAUCCAAACUUAUUGAUAAAGCUAAUAAUUUUGAAAAGAUUUAUAAAAUUGAUAAUCAUAUAUUUUGUGGAGUAGCAGGCUUAAAUGCAGACGCAAAUAUUUUAAUAAACCAGUCAAGAUUAUACACGCAAAGAUAUUUAUAUAAUUAUAAUGAUAUUGAGCCUGUAUCCCAGUUAGUUGUUCAAAUAUGUGAUAUAAAACAAAGUUAUACUCAGUAUGGUGGGUUAAGACCAUAUGGAGUGAGUUUUUUAAUUGCCGGUUAUGAUAUGAAAGAGGGUUAUCAACUUUAUCAUACGGAUCCUAGUGGAAAUUACUCUGGGUGGUUUGCCACAGCCAUUGGUACAAAUAACCUUACAGCUAGUUCCAUUCUCAAACAGGAAUGGAAAAAAAAUAUGACCCUGCAAGAAGGUUUACUGUUAGCCCUAAAAUCACUAGCCAAGAGUACAGAUAGUGAAGUGCCUAAAAGUGAAAAAAUCGAAUUAGCCUAUUUAUCAAACAAAGAUGGAGAAUUUAUUCAAAAAUAUUUAACAGAAAAAGAAAUAGCAGAUUUGAUUAAGAUAUAUACAGAAAAAUGUGUCAAAGAAUGA